AUGGUUUCUACAAACAUUACUAAAACUCAUUGCGAUAUCUCAUUUGAAUGGAAAAAAGGUCGUUGUCUGGUAAAAGAUCAAGAUGUAGCCUAUAUCUUGCCAAAUGAUCAAAAAGAAGUCGAACGGUUGCACUUGAACCAUCUCAUGUUCAAAAACGUUCUCGGAGGACUCUACAAGUCGCCUAUGCAUGAGCAACUUCAAAAGGGUAUUCGUGUGCUUGAUAUUGGUUGUGGUCCUGGCAUGUGGACAUUGGAUAUGGCUCGUUUAUAUCCCAACUCUGAAUUUAUUGGUGUUGAUAUGGCCAAUGUGUUCUUGACUGAGGACAUGCCUCCUAAUGUCAAGUUUCAAAUACUAAAUGCUGGUACUGGACUGGACUAUUUUGAAGACAAUUCAUUUAACUUUGUCUUUCAACGGUUUUUAUUGAUGGGAUUCCCCGUUGAGCAGUACAUUCGUUCAGUGCAAGAAAUGAAGCGUAUUUUGAAGCCCGGCGGAUACAUUGAAGUGAUGGAAUUGAUCAAUGAAUACAGAAAUGGUGGCCCUGCUCUCAAAAAUAUGGAUGGGUGGAUCAACCAAGCACUUGUUGCAAGAAACAUGGAUUCUUUUAUUGCUGAGAAAAUCUCUACUUUUUUCUUGGAUGCCGAGUUUCGUGAUAUAGAGGAUAUCAAUUACGAUGUGCCUAUUGGUCCCUGGGGUGGUGAAUUAGGCAACAUGUAUUUAGGUGUUCAGCAUUUGGCACUUCCAGCUGUUAAAGUCAUGAUCAAUGAGUUGACUUCAGUCACCAAUGAAGAAUACGAAGCCAACCUUGAAGAGGCAUUUAAAGAAUUCAAUACGCGUGAAAUAUCUACUCGGUUCAAAUUAGUCUAUGCACAUAAAUAA